AUGCGCUCGUUCAGAUUAUUACAAAAGAUUCUCUUAUUUGGAUUAUUAUCUCCCUCUUCAUCUAUUCACUUUAACUUAAAUACUAACGUCAUUUUAGCCGGUAAGGGUAGAAUCGGUAAGCACAGAAAGCAUCCCGGUGGUAGAGGUAUGGCCGGUGGUCAACAUCACCACAGAACUAACUUGGAUAAGUACCAUCCAGGUUACUUCGGUAAGGUCGGUAUGAGAUACUUCCACAAGCAACAAAACCACUUCUGGAGACCAGAAAUCAACUUGGACAAAUUAUGGACUUUAAUUGAAGAAGAAAAGAAGGACGAAUACUUAAAGUCUGCUUCUUCAUCUGCUGCCCCAGUCAUCGACACCUUAGCCCACGGUUACGGUAAGGUUUUAGGUAAGGGUAGAUUACCAGAAGUUCCAGUCAUUGUCAGAGCUAGAUUCGUUUCUAAGUUAGCUGAAGAAAAGAUUAGAGCUGUUGGUGGUGUUGUUGAAUUAAUCGCUUAA